AUGUAUUGCAGCUGGACUCGGAUGCAGAGCACAUGGGCGAAGCUCAAUCUGGUAACAAGCCAAGCCGUACCGCAGCACACGAGGAUCAAGACCUGCUUGCUGAUCACACAUGAUAAAAUCAUUCACUUCCCUCUGGCCGUGCUGCCGUACGUCAAAGGCCAGGAAGACGCCGCACCGUAA